AUGUCGAAACGACCAACCGCGAGAAUUGACAUCCUCCGUACUACCGGCCUGAACAACUAUAAACCCUCGAUCUGGACGAAGGAUAUCGUACCUUACUGGAAAUCUCGUGCUUGCGGCGCGGCUGCAGUAGGCGUCAGCUCUGCGAUGCUUGUCCAAGCUGGCAGGGAGGGCGCUUUUCCUUGGUCCAAGGUCGCCCCUCGCCCUCGUCUGCAUGCAGGAGCCGUGGUCGCCCUUGUUCUGUUCAGCGAGGGGCUCGAGAUCAUGGGACAGGUCUACCCCUUCAGUCGUGGUGGGGGGUUUACGGUCGACGAGCUUCGUCAACAAAUAGCGGCAAAUUCCACACUUGAGCGACUCAGAUGGUCGCUCCUAUCCGCCGGGAUCGCCGGUCUGCAUCUGAACAAGUUGCGCGGAUACGAGCGCCUGCGUCGUGCUCAGCCCAUAAUCGGUAGUCCGCCCUGGAAGGGGAGAGCCGGAGCGUUUCAGGCAGGACUAUGGGCUACUGUCUUUAUGACAACUGCUAUCGUUAUCGCUCGGUGCGCCGGUGCAGACCCUUGGCAUGUGCAGACCCGGAUUGCGGACUGGAUUCGGGAGAAAGAGCAGAAGGGGCGAAGGGCCAAUUCGGGUUAG